AAAGUGGACACAUUUGUUGUGAACGGUCUUCUGUCAGUAAGCAACACCCAAUCACAGCAAUGACGUCACGACACUCGUGGCCUCAUGUCUUUGUUGCGUUUUUUUGGACUUCAAUUCCAACGUUUAAACCACACAAUUAGCAUUCGAUCAUUCUAUCCGACAGUCGGUAUGCACAGUAUGUUAUUAACUGUCAUCGUGUGUUGGCAAUAAUUGUUCGCUAGAUGUCGCGGCAUUGGGAUCAGCAACCGUAUUGCCAUGACAACCGUGAACUGCAUCGUCCACGUUUUUUUCCAUAUUCGUUCAGGAAAAAAGGCUCAAUGACACUUUUGAAUUUGAUUUAUGCUCAAUCACAGGUUAUUGGUUGCAUUAACUUUUAAAGAAGACCUAAAUUUGAUAUAACAUCCAUCCAUGAAUUAUACGUGGACCCCGACUUAAACAAGUUGAAAAACGUAUUCGGGUGUUACCAUUUAGUGGUCAAUUGUACGGAAUAUGUACUGGACUGUGCAAUCUACUAAUAAAAGUUUCAAUCAAUCAAUCCAUCCAUAGUUUUUCUACCGCUUAAUUAUCCCUUUUGGUGUUGUUUUACUUAAGUGCACGUCAUUUAUUUGCUCAAAACUUAAUGAUACUUGUAUCUAUAGUCAGCUGUAUGUUAUAUGAAACAUGCCAGCAAGUACACCAUAAUCUGCGUGUUUAAAUGAUGAAUGCAAUAUAUUUUGUGAUCAAUCACAUGAGUUAAAUCGUUAUUUUUGACAGCCCUUAUAAUGAUAAUUGUUGUUAAUGACUGAUGCAUUUGUUGAGUUGUGCAUUUGUUAUACUUAGUGUAAUUAAAAAAAAAUAGUAAACAAUGAUUGCACUAUUCUAAAUAUUUACCAUGAAUUGAUUAACGUGGACCCCGACUUAAACAAGUUGAAAAACGUAUUCGGGUGUUACCAUUUAGUGGUCAAUUGUACGGAAUAUGUACUGGACUGUGCAAUCUACUAAUAAAAGUUUCAAUCAAUCAAUCCAUCCAUAAUUUUUCUACCGCUUAAUUAUCCCUUUUAGUGUUGUUUUACUUAAGUGCACGUCAUUUAUUUGCUCAAAACUUAAUGAUACUUGUAUCUAUAGUCAGCUGUAUGUUAUAUGAAACAUGCCAGCAAGUACACCAUAAUCUGCGUGUUUAAAUGAUGAAUGCAAUAUAUUUUGUGAUCAAUCACAUGAGUUAAAUCGUUAUUUUUGACAGCCCUUAAAAUGAUAUAUAAUUGUUGUUAAUGACUGAUGCAUUUGUUGAGUUGUGCAUUUGUUAUACUUAGUGUAAUUUAAAAAAAAUAGUAAACAAUGAUUGCACUAUUCUAAAUAUUUACCAUGAAUUGAUUAACGUGGACCCCGACUUAAACAAGUUAAAACACGUAUUGGAGUGUUACCAUUUAGUGGUCAAUUGUACGGUACUGUGCAAUCUACUAAUAAAAGUCUCAAUCAAUCAAUCAAAAAUCGCUCCCACCCAGUCAACUCAUCUCGUCAAAACUCCGGUCUUCUGCACCUUUCCUCGUAACUUUUUUCUAUACUGGAAAAAAAACAGCAGUUCACUCGAUCAAAACAUUUCAAAUUUCCACAAAUUCGUUUGAGAUGCUUUGCCGCUGUUUUACUCUCGCGAGAUCUGGCACUGCAUGUCCAUCCGCGAAGAUAAAAAGUGCACUACGCUCGAGAAAAUGUCGACGGAUGUUCGUCAAUAUUUUUUUAAUAGGAAACAAAAGGUUAAACUUUUUGUAAUAUAGUGCUAAAGUCUUGAUGUGGUCUUUACACUUUUUUUGCGGUGAAAGUUAGCGCCCGUGCGGAUGAAUACAAGGUGGCUACGAGGUGGUCUCGCGAGGCCGCUGGUGGCGGUUGCUGGGUUUUAAGUUCAAAGGUUUAAACUCCCUAAAGAGUUUUUUGACAAAGUAGCUCAUAGAAAAGCUGUUCUACACCCACACAUAGUUCAAGCUUGUCAUCAUGCCUUACUAUUCCCUGGAUGACGAGGAAGACCUGCUGCUGGGCCCUGAUAAGGAAAUCUGGAAGACGUUUGAGCCUCUGUCAUCUAGCCAUUCAUCAUCGGCGACGGCAUGGGACCUGCUUGACCAGGACCGUCCGUCUUCCGUCUUCCUACAGUCCUUUGUCAUCCACGACUGCAUGUGGAGCAGCAGCUUUGGCGCCGCCGAUAAGUUGAAGAAGGCGGUGUCUCAGAAUUGGGUGGCUCUGCAAGCGCGUCAUGACUCCACCUCGUCUACUGGUGACAGUGCUGGCAAAUGUCAGGGCCAGGUCCCCCAGAUGAAGACGAGCCACACACUGGACUUUCUGACAACCACGAUGACCUGCAUCAACCCCUCAGAGGUUCUUCCGUACUCAACGCUCCACAGGAGACAGGAUGUGACCAAAGGGGCGGGACCAGGAGCCAACAUCAGCCCAUCAGAAGAACCUGUGGAGGAAGACAGGGAGGACAAGAUGCCGCUUUCCAAUGUCAACAUCCAACAGCACCACUACGCCCCCCCGCAGCAGACUCGAAUUAGGGCUGCCGACGCGCAUUUGGCGUCGAGUCAGAGCACAUUUGCACCUUAUUGCGGCAAGGACAGACAGAAGAGUGCCAAAGUGAUUGGGCGCCAAUGCAGAAAGGAGCUGAAUAGGAGAUUCUUGGCCCUGAAGGCACAUGUCCCGGACUUAGUCCCAGGCCGCAGAAACCCAAAGGCAGCCAUCCUAAAAAGAGCAACAGAGGUGAUCAUGGCGGUCCAAGCGGACGAGAAGAUGCUUUUGGCCAAGAAGGAGGCGCUUAUUGCAAGGAGGUGGGAGUUGAAGCACAGACUGAAACAACUCGCCUCUUGAUCUCUCACUUCCUGUUGGCUCACCUCAUCGCCAUCAUCGUGACAUGUUGGCGACCAUCGCUCACUUUUAUUCAUUCAAAUAGGGGUGUAAAUCCAAAAAAAUUAUUCCCAAAUGCAGAGGACAAAUUUCACCACACCUAGUGUGGUGAAAUUUGGUACUUUAAGGAUACAGCAACCUCACGGCUCACUUUGGGUACAGUAAGUGUACAAACAAAACUAUUUCAUUUGAAUGAUUUUAAAAUAAAACAUUUAAA